GACGCAUUCUGGCCUUGUAGUAGGAGAGAGGAAGCAGUACGGCGAAAAUGUCGAAAACUUCACCGGCUUCCGUCCUAUCGCUUCCGAUCCUCUUCCUUCUCCUGACAGUCACUUGUAAAGCGGCCACCGGUGCUCCAACUUCUUGCACACCUCCGCCUUGCCAAGGAAAGCAGAGCUGGCCGGAGCUCGUCGGGAAGGACCAGGACACGGCGUACUUGGUCAUACGGCGUGACAACCCGCAGGUGACGGAUGUCGUCUACUUGAUCUCAGAUGUGCUUGCGCAUGCUCUCGACAGCAGGAAGGAUGUGCUCGGGGCGGCCGGCGACGGCGACUUCUGCUGCAACCGCGUGGUUGUGGUGCUCGGCACUCUGUCCUCCGGCGGUGAAGGGGUCAUCAAGUUGCCAAAAGUCGGCUAGAAUUAGUUUGUGCCCGUACAUGGCAAUGCAAAUGGUAACUCAACGAAUUAGCCAAUAAGAUGUUGAACGUUUUCUUCCCUUUUCAUGUUUUUCUUUGCAAUACUAAUUCUACGGGUAAUCACUCCCAUUGCAUCUUUCGGUGACACAAGGGCUUCCCCA